CUGAGUGCUGACUGAUAACGUUGAUAACAGUAUUUCAAAACACAUUCCGGUCAGAUUUUAAUGAAAGUUUCACGAAAAAUGUACUCAUUAAAUUCAAAUACGAUCAUUUCGCCUUUCAAACGUGUACUUCUUGACUGAAUCACAAUUUCGCGUAUACCUAUUAAAUGCUGAACAUUUUAAAAUUCGGUUUUUUAAUUCUCUCAAAAACUGCGAUAGCUUCUCGAAACAUAUCCACGACAUCUGCAACCAUGGUGAAAUACCUGAAUCAACAAGAAGCCAUCGAAAUCGACCAACAACUCUUCAACGAGUACAAAUACAGCGUCGAACAACUAAUGGAACUAGCCGGCUUGAGUGUAGCUUGUGCUAUCGCAGAAGCUUACCCUAAAGCUUCAAAAGUUGUCGUAUAUUGCGGUCCGGGCAACAAUGGAGGAGAUGGACUCGUAUGUGCUCGACAUUUAACACUAUUUGGGUACAAUACAACCAUAUUCUAUCCUGGUAAAAAGAAUAUCCCAAUGUUCGAGAACCUCUUGACUCAAAGUAUAGCCACCGGAGUAAAUCUAUUAAACGCUCAGCCAUCUUUGGACGAAUUGAAUGGAUACGAUUUAGUCGUCGAUGCGUUAUUUGGAUUCAGUUAUAAACCACCUCCUAGGAAAGAAUACGAAAGUAUAUUGGAAUGCUUGAAGAACACCAAAACUCCGAUUUGUAGUAUCGAUAUUCCUAGCGGUUGGAAUGUAGAAACUGGUCCUUCGAGUGAUAAUUUCCAUCCUGAAUUUCUUAUAUCGCUGACAGCACCGAAACUGUGUGCUAAAUUUUUCACCGGAAAGUAUCACUAUUUAGGUGGAAGAUUCGUUCCACCGAGUUUACAAACUAAAUACGAUCUCAAGCUGCCUCAGUAUCCAGGAACACAGGGUUACUUGAGAAUAAAUUCGCAAGAUUAAAUUAUAAAUUAUAAGUUAUUUAUUUCGAUUUCAAGUAUAAGAUUUGGUAGUGAGAUUUUCGCUAAUUUUGUAUCUAGGUGUUGUAAUCUUCGUGGGUUGGCCUGUAAAUUAAGGGAAAAUAUUGUCAAACGAAUGAAUAUAUUUUUUUAAAUCGAA